UUGCAGCUUUAUGACCUGCACCCUUCAGUCUGGUGGAGCUGUCUUCCUUCUGUUCUGUCUAUGUGACCUGCACUGAGUUCUACGCUUUCUUGGAGAGGUGUAUUUGAGGAUCAAGAAUCAUGCAUUACUUCCUGCUGGGAUCUUCAGUCAUGGCGCUGAUUUACCUCUCAGCUGAAGUAAAUAUCCACGUGUUCCAGAAGCCACGAUUUAUUGGUGUGAAGACCGGUCGGACUGUGACAAUAUACUGUGUGACAUCUGAUCCAUCUUUGACGGCUCAAGUAGAGUGGUACAAAGACCCCGCUUACAAAAACCAACUCAAGAACGGCCAAAAAAUAAGAAUAACGGAGAAGAGCGAUAAAAUGAAUGCAUCCAUUACCGUGAAGAAAGUGGAGAUUGAGGACAGUGGCACUUACUUUUGCAAGCUGAACAAAACAAAUGGACCUGGAACUGAGCUACAAGUUUCCAGAUACAGUGACCCCAAGACUAUCCUGAUGAGAUCGAGAGUCAAGGAUGUUUUCAUUUUCCUGCAGGCUAUACUGUUGAUUUUGUGUGUUGUCGUUCCUCUGGUUCAUAUUUACAAACUGGAGAAGAAAGAAGAUGCGAUUUAUGAAGAGCCGGAGGAUGAUCACAUAUAUGAGGGGUUGGAGAUUGAGCGGUGUGGUGGUACUGAUGUGUAUGAGGACAUCACUGGCUAUGCCCGGGACACAGAGGCAGCAUGGGAAGUCGAGUCCCCAGACCAAGAGUGAGAAAAACAAAUCCAUUGGAUACUGAUCUGCAGAAAUCAACACCAGACACAAAUGUCUGUGAUUACAUCCAAUCCACUAUCAGUUUUUGCUGUAUAGGUCACAUGCAUGCAGACUGAUGCCACUGUGUGUGAAUACAGUAAAUGCUUAUAAAAAAGUUUUUAUUAUUAUUAUUAUUAUUAUGCUAUUUUUAACCCUGCUUGAAUUUUUUCUUGAGGUUGACAUUCAUCAAUAACAAUCAUCUAUAGACACUGUAAUACAUUUAACUUAUGUUUUUAUUGUUGUUUGCUUGUUUGUUUUCUUUAUUACACCUUUUAUUGUAGUUCAUAUUCAUUUUACUGUACUGUGUGUUAUGUGGUAGUUUUUUUAGAGUGUGUUUGUUGUAUGAAUGCACCAGCUCUGCUAGUCAUUCAUAACAAGGUGCUCUCUAUCUGGUAAUAAAAAUACCAGUUGUAAGGAACUGCUCAAAGCUUAAGGGAACUUUCACUUCAUAUCUGUUAAAAAAAGCAUGUGAAAAGCAGGUGUUUUCCACAAAGUAGCUUUUUUGGUAAAUGUUUGGUAUAUUUUCUUUGCAUUCAAUGAUCGUACACCACAAGUCUGAUGAUCAGCAUGAUUUGAAAGAGCAUCUGCAAAGAACAUCUGACUGUCUGUACAAGGAUUUAACAUUGUCACUGAUGCAAAUUUGCUAUUUGAUUAGUAAAAUACUGCAAAAUCCUAAAU